AUGAUGGAUAUCCACAGUGAAGAGGAGACUGCUCCAUUAAUCUCAAAGGACAGCCCUGGAUCUUCCACUGAGAAUAACCACUUCAAAGGUCGUGGUCAGAAACUGCUGGUUACCCUGUGCAUCCUCAUCACUGAAUUGUGUGAGCGUCUGACAUUCUAUGGACUGACAGCAAAUCUAAUUUUAUUUUGUGGUAGUGAAUUGGGUCUUAAGGCACCCUUGCCAUCAACUAUUAAUUAUCUUUUUCAAGGUUGGUUUCCAGUCAAGCCUCGUGUAAGAGACCACACAAAAAUAAUUUGUAAUGAGAUUUAGUGGCUGCUUAUAGCGAGUGAUUGCUUGCAAGAAUCAUUAACCACAGGGGCUCUCUUCCGAGAAAAGGAUGUCUGGGAAUACUGUUUCUACUUUUUGCAUCAGUUAUAUGGUUCUAUAGUGGCACUCAAAGUUCUUCCCGAACUUUGAGUAGCUUGGUGUACCGUGAACGUUAACAUAUAAAUCGGACCAUUCACCAAGUUGUAGCUCGAAGGGGUUAAAUGAAUGUUAAAACCAACAUCCAAAUAAGUAGUCAUCGGGUCGCUUAUUACAAAUGUACUUCUACAUGUAAGAGGCGUCAUUUACAAAAGGUUCCAAUUUAUAUAGGGCUCUGACUGGGAAAAUUUUGGUGUUUUACAUAGGUGCUUACUAAUGAGGCCUGGUGACUUAUAAGAGGAGGAGAUUCGAUCGUAAAAAUAUAAUUUAAUUAUUGUGUAUUAAUAAACAAUGUUUUUUAGACCGAAUCCAUCAGGAAAUUGAGUCAUUUUAAUUUUCGGUGGACAAAAACCAUAUACCAGAAUAAUUUAAACAAUAUCACAUUCUUUUUUACAUUUUUCGAGGGCUAUAGAUGUAAUAAGUUAUCGGUAAUAAUAACACCAAAGAGAUUUCUUAUGGGAGCCCUAGAAAACGAAUGUCAAAUUUCACAAAGUGACAUCUUACACAUGAAAUUUUCAGAAUUUUACCUGUGUUUCACUUUUCUUGUGAAAUUUGACAUUUAUUUUCUCGGGCUCCCAUGAGAAAUUAUAGUCUUCCGUGUUGUUACACAAUAAAUGAUAAUAAAUUAUAUCUAUAGCCCUUCAAAAAUGUAAAAAAGGAUGCGGUAUUGUUUAAAAUAUUCUGGUACAAGGUUUUUGUCCACUGAAAUUUGAAUUACUCAAUUUCCUGAUGGAUUCCAUCUUAAUAAUUCUAAGGAUACACACUGUGUAUUGGUCAGUAAUAAUCUCUCAGACACUUUGUACCAUUGAAUACCCUCCAGACUAUUUAUGAAGCCCUCCUUUCCUCUUAUUUGUCAUAUGGUAUAGUCGGCUGGGGACAAGCGGCCAAGACUCAUAUGCUAACCAACUAUUUUUGCUGCAAAAGCAUGCCAUUUGAUUCACUUUAAUGUACUUUGUUAUCUUUGCAAUCAUCUUAAUAGUGUGCUUGUAAGCUUUUGACUUAUAUUCUGUAUUCCAGUUAAUCUCAGCAUUGCUUUUAGCACAACCUUUCUUCCGUUCCUUACCUUUGUACAAGUAAUAUACAACGUAUAUGCUUAAAUAACUUUUGUUGACUUGUUAAUUUAAUACCAUUUGGAGUGUGUAUUUGUUUUAUUUAGACACUUCCCUCCUAGACUAUAGCUCUUGCUAUUUGUGGGCAGUGAGAAAAUAAAACUGUAAAAAUUGUUAAUUUAAACUAUUAAAAAUGAAGAUGAUGAUGAAAAUAACCCACUAUCGAUAUGUACCAUUUUGUCAGUGUACCAAGUAGUGCUCAUGGGUAAACCAGCAUCAUUUCAAUGGCAGGAAAACUCAACAGCCAUCAUCAUUCUACUACUUAGUUUUAGUGAGAAUGUGGUAGUGGUAAAGACACGUUAUAUCAAAAUGUUAGAAGUUUUAUUAUUUUGUGAUUGGGAGAUCAGAGGGCUCAAUGAAGAUAUCAGUGCUAACUUUUGUGGUGAAGAAAAUGAAGCUUUCUGGGCUGUCUAUUUUUUGAGAAUAUGCCAAAAAAAACUUUAAAUCAAAUCUCAUACCCGUGGUUGUUCUCGUCCUCAAAUCUAAAGGUCUCUUUUAUAGUAACGCCGUAAGCAGAUCAACAGCAUGUGAUAACAGCAUUUCUUUAAUACUUUUAUUAAUGCUCAUAAUUUUAGGAACAUGCUAUCUCAUUCCUUUGUUUGGAGGAUGGCUGGCUGAUGCACAUCUGGGCCGUUUCAACACCAUUUAUGGCAGUUCUUUGCUUUAUGUUGUCGGGACUAUCCUACUGGCAGCAGUUUCUGUACGAAAUAAAACGCUGGCAUCAUGGUUUGAUGAUAAGGGUUUUGCCCAUGAUCCCACUAUCAGACUGGUUUAUUUUGCUAUCUCUUUGGUAUUAAUUUCAUUCGGCACUGGUGGAAUCAAAGCAAAUGUAUCACCAUUUGGAGCUGACCAAGUUCAAAAAGAUGGGCCAAGAGCAAUCCAAACAUUCUUUAACUGGUUUUACUGGUUUAUAAACAUUGGAUCACUGAUAGCCUUUACAGUGGUUGUGUGGGUACAGCAAAAAAAUGUAUUUUAUGGUUAUGUGAUAACAGCAGGAACAAUGUUUCUUGGUGUAAUUGCCUUCCUCUCUGGCCGAAAAAAGUAUUUAACCAAACCGCCAGGUGGCAGUCAGCUAACUGAUACUGCAAAGAUCAUCUAUGAAGCCAUAAAGAAUCGUGGCUCGGCAAAUGCAGUGGUCUGGUUGGAUAAUGCAAAGAAUACAUGUGGAGGAAAGUAUACUGAGGCAAAGGUGGAAGAUGUCAAAAUUUUGUUAAGGAUUUUACCAGUGUUUGCUUUGUUCAUUGUCUACUGGACAAUUUACUCACAGGUAUAAAUUAUCAAUUUAUCUCAUGCUAUUUGCUAUCUUUUUAAAUAUGGUAGCUAAAACUUGUCUUCCCAUCAACUUAUUGAAUUCCAAAAUAAGGGUCUGGGGUUUAUUAAGACUAUAAUUAGGGGUGUAACGAUUCAUAUUCCUUGUGAUUCGAUUCAAUUUUGUUUAUUGCCUUGCGAUUUUGAUUCGAUUAUGUAAAUGUUUCAUAAUUCUUAUAACAUAACGCGUAAUGUAAACAACAUGCAACCCUAAACCCUCAAUAUGAGAAUAGUAAUGGGGAGAGGACGAUUCACAGUCACUUGGUUCGUUGCCAUGUUUGAGAACCUGAUAAAGAGCGUGUCGCACAUGGUUUGCCUUAUUUGGAAAUUCUCAAGAGGUCAGGUUGAAGGACAGCAUUUUUACCAGGGAACACAAAAUGGAUCAUGAACUGCUAUCGCAUUUGCUCGUCAAUCAAAAAUGCACAUUAAAGAGUUCUUGAUUCUUAUUUUAGAAUAUAAUAACUCACCGAGGGCACCCUGGAAAAGGUACAUGUGCAAAAAUUGAACCAAAAUCGAGACAUGGAAGGAAAGAAUCAUGAAUCGAAACAAACGGUCAUAAUCGCGAUUAAUCGUUACACCACUAACUAUUAUUUUAAAAUUAACCAUCAAAGUCUGUUUUUAAUUUGUCCUUUUUUGCAGAUGCAGAGCACAUUCCUCAUACAAGCCACCUACAUGAGACUGGAAUUUAACGAUUUCACUGUUCCAGCUGCUUCUCUUUCGAUUUUUGAUAUAGUUGCUGUUCUUGCAUUUAUUCCCAUUAUGGAUCAUGUUGUUUAUCCCCUCAUUCAAUUCUGUGGCAUUAGAUUUACACCCCUGCGCAGGAUUGGUGUUGGACUGCUGUUAUCCGCAGCAUCUGUGGUAGUAGCUGGUCUGAUUGAGAGGUGGCGACGACAUGUAUGGCAGGCUGGAGGUGUUUAUAUCCAAACUGUUUUUGACGAAAAACGUGAAGCUUCAACUCUGAAUGUCUUUUGGCAAGUCCCGCAAUUUAUGUUAGUUGGUUCCAGUGAGGUUCUUACAAGUAUUACAGGUGGGAAAACAGCAUUAAAGAAAUAAGAAGCACUUUGUUAACAUUACUAUCCAAGCCAUUUUCAGAAGGAUUUGUGUGGAGUCAUCAGAGCAAACUGGUGAUUACAUGUACUCACCAAUUUGCACUGAUUUUUGGCAAGUGGCCCUUUUUCAUGUUGUUAUUUCUGAAUGUGUUAACCAAUCCAGUAAUUUCACAAAUUUGAAUUUUUGUUACGUCACACUUUUCUUCUCUGAGAAGGAAAAGUAAACAUUUCUAUAAAUGGUGCCCUAUGCUGGGAGUCUAAUACUUGCAUUCCAGUCCUUGCAUUCUAAUUCAAUUAUUGCUGUAUUACAUACUAAGUCAUUGUUAGAACACCCCCAUUAAUCAGUCAGCUAGUCUAUUACAACCUCACCUGGCCAUUUCCCCUUACCCUGCUAGCAAAGGUUUCUCUUAGCAUGCAUGUUUGAAGUUGUUUACACCGCUCAAAGCGAACCACCUCCUACAAACUAACAACCACAGCAGAAAGGAACCUCUGCUAGUUGGGGUUUAUUUAAGUGACCCGUAAUAGAGGGUCGUCACUUGAUUCCAUCUACCAAACUGACAUCCUCCUCUCACAAGACAUUUCACUUGUCUUAUAUGAAAUUUCUUGAUGAAAUGUUCAUAAAAGUCAAAGUGUCUUCAAUUUUUAAGGGAAAAAAAACAAUUUAGGAUACAAUGAGUAGGGUUCGAACUCGGAGCAUCCGAUCUGGAGUGCAUCACUCUAACCCCCACACCAUCGAGGAUUUGGUGACAAAUGCCAGUUUGAUUUAAAUAUAUAACCCUAACCCUAACCCUAAACCUAACCCUAACCUAAACCCUAACCCUAACCCUACUUUGUGUACGAAUCAUUAAUGUGUCAACGUCAGUUUGGCGGAUGGAAAUAAGUGUUGACCGUAAUAGAGGUUUGACUCCACAAUAUGAAACAAGAUGGUGGGCGGGGGGGAAGGGGGUUGAUGGGGGGCUGGGCAUGGGGAAGAAGGAUACAGAUAUUUUAACAAUAAUAAGGUUGAGCAAAAUAUCGUGAUUUGUCAGUGGCAAGCAGAUCAAUUAUUUGCCGAAGCUGAAGACUGAGGCAAGUAAUUGAUCUGCGAGACAGUGACAAAUCACAAUAUUUUGCGAUAACAGAGUUCAAUAAUUAUUUUAUCAUUCGAUCACCGAGUUUGUUUUUUCAUGAAUAUCCACGGGAAGCAAAGCGAUCUGCCAUUUUUAUGCAAGAGCAAUUGCAAGAAGGAGAAAAGCGUGGUUUCUUUUAUGCAUGGGUAGAAAAAAUAUUUUGCAGCGAAACACGGUUGGACGAAGUUGCGCAUGAGCAGGUCGCGUGAUGGGCUCUCGGCCAAUCGAAAGAUAGAAAAAUUUGCUUUGAAUGAUAAUUCCUGUUACUAUACACAUUUGUUAAGUUAUUUUCUUUUUGUUUUUUCUUAUAGGAUUAGAGUUGGCUUAUUCUCAGUCUCCUCAACACAUGAAGGGACUUGUGAUGGGUGCUUUCCUGGUGACGAGUGGCCUUGGAAACUAUGUCGCCACUCUCCUUGUUGUCAUUGUUCGAUCAGCUAGCAAUAAUAAGUGGUAUCCAAGUGAGGAUCCCAACAAUGGAGAACUGGAAAAUUUCUUUUUUCUGUUAGCUGGACUAAUGAUGCUGAACUUUGUGGUUUUUCUGUUCAUUGCCUCCUCCUAUAAAUAUAAGACUGCAACUCGCAGAGAAGAAAUUAACUCAAAUGUUAAGGAUGUAGGCCAAUCUUCUGAUCGUGAUGUGUAA